CGUUAUAUAUUUAUAGAUAUAUACAUACAUGAUGCAUGUACGUAGCACCGAUCGGGUGAUGAAGUUCAAAGCAAAAAUUGUAUUUGGAGGCCGCCAAGUGUAUUUACACUAUUACAUGCAGAUUGAUGAGUUCUUGAAGUCCAAGUGUCUCUUUGUCACUCUCACUAUUGCAUGCACAUUGUCAUUUUUGUGUAAUAGUCUCCUCUUUUUGAGGCGCAAUAUUCGCAUGUGUUCGUAAUAUUCACAUGUGCUACACAUGAUGUGUACGUCGAAUAAAUUUUACAUCUGGAUGUUAAGAUUGAGUGUAUGAUUCUGUAGAAGUACAUGUGUAUAUUGAGACCAAGUGUUUGAUAUUUGAAGGGUCAUAAGUGGAUGUCGCAAGAAUUUCAACAAGUGGAACAAUUAUCAUAUAGAGUAACGUGUGAUCUUUAGAGCGCCACAAGUUUGGUUUUGAGUUAGUCGCUAUCUAAAUAAGUCUCCCUGUCUAUAUAAAAACACACUUGCAUGCAUCAGUCAUCACCACACCAACUCUCUCAUCUCUUUUUGUCAACCAAAGAAAAAAAAACACAGAGGUACGUAGCCUCUCUUUCCUAA